CUUCGCAGCAUGAGCAGCACACGAGUCACCAAGUUUAAGCGCCUGCUGGAUGAGCAGGUAGUGGACUUGGAAGCGCUGCGUGAGAUUGCGUGGAGCGGCAUCCCGCCCGCCCUGCGCCCCGUCUGCUGGCGCCUGCUGCUGGGCUACCUGCCGCCCAACCGCGAGCGGCGAAUGCAGAUCCUGGCGCGCAAGCGGCGCGAGUAUCGUGACCUGGUACCGGACUAUUACGAGCAGGCCGCCUCGGGGCAGGACCAGAGUGGCGAGGAGCUGGGCGCGCUGCGGCAGGUGGCUGUGGAUGUGCCGCGCACCGCCCCGGGCGUCGCCUUCUUCCACCAGCCCCAGAUUCAGAAGUCACUGGAGCGCAUCCUGUACAUCUGGGGCAUCAGGCACCCGGCCAGCGGGUAUGUGCAGGGCAUCAACGAUCUGGUCACGCCUUUCAUGUAUGUGUUCAUGGGCGAGCACAUGCAGGGACCGCUGGAGGGGUGGAGCGUGGCGGGGCUGGCCGACACCGUGCUGCUCGACGUGGAGGCAGACUGCUACUGGUGCCUGUGCAAGCUGCUGGACGGCAUCCAGGACCACUACACCUACGCGCAGCCCGGCAUCCAGCGCUGCGUGUUCCACACGCAGGAGCUGGUGCGGCGCGUGGAGGAGCCGCUGGCGGCGCACCUGGAGGCCGAGGGCCUGCAGUUCAUCCAGUUUGCCUUCCGCUGGGUCAACUGCCUGCUGCUGCGGGAGGUGCCCUUUGCGCUGUCCAUACGCCUGUGGGACACGUACCUGUGCGAGGGCUCCCAGCUCCGUGACUUCCUUGCAUACACUCUGGCCGCCUUCCUGCUCAGCUGGAGCUCGCAGCUGCAGCAGCUGGAGUUCCAGGAGCUGAUCAUGUUCCUGCAGAAGCCGCCCACGGCUGCCUGGAGCGAGAAGGACAUUGAGAUGGUGCUGUCGCGGGCCUACAUGUGGCGCGUCUCCUUCAAGGGAGCGGCCUCCCACUUUCUGUAG